AUGAAUUCUUGUGCUUGCGGGAAAAUUCGUGGUGAAUUAAAUAAGACCAAUUGGUCUCGGCAUUUACUGUCAUGUGGUAAAAAAGGGAAAAUUUCUAAUUGUAAUUAUACUAGUGUCACAAAUACUACAAUAACAUCAUUUUUUAAACCACCAGUCAAUACUCCAUCAACAACACAUCCUUUGCCAACAAGAAGAACAGAACAAACCAGUGACAAUACUUUGGCUAUCACUGAUAUUGAUCCUGCAAACCUAUGUGAAAUAAAGGAUAUUAUAACUUCUAAACGACUGAAUAUUUUGGACAACAGUGAUACAGAUGAAAUUAAAGAUAUUACUUCUGAUCCUGUAGUUGGAACUACUGAAUUGUCAUUUCAAAAUGAACAAACUGAGACGGACAUGCUGUUUUCUAACAAUCAACACGAGUUAUUAAAUAGAAGUGAAGAUAAUGAUCCAAUACAUUAUGCCAGAAUGAAUCGAAUUACUCCUAAACAAAAAAACUUUAUUUUGAAGUUAGGCCAAUGUCAGCCUUUGCCAGAACAUGUUUCUGGUAAAUCUUUUCCAAUAGAUAACCAUGGACGUCACUUUAGCCAUUUAUGGUAUACAAGAUUUUUACCAGAUGGAAGUAAAAUACAGCGAGACUGGUUGUCAUACUCCAUCAGUGAAAACAAAAUAUUUUGUUUGCAUUGUAUGUUAUACAGUGUAAAUACACAUAGCAUAGCAAUUAAGUCUUGGACAAAAAUAGGAUUUUCAAACUGGAUUAAUGGAGUUAGUCGUAUAAACAAACAUGAGUUAUCCUCUGAACAUAUCACAGCAACAAUUAAAGUUAAAAUAAAAAAUCAUUGUGUACCAUUACUUCCAAGCAUAGAAUAUCAAAGAAAAAUACAGAUUGCAACAAACAGACAAAUUGUAUCAGAACUUAUUGACGUUGUCCUUUUUUUGGCUCGACAUAACUUAGGUUUUUGA